AUGGCUGCCGUGGCAUCUUCGUCCGCUGUCCUCAGGAGCUCGUUCCUUGGCCAGAAUGUCGUCGCUCCCCGCGUGGAGUCCGCCUCCCGCACGGUGAUGACCCUCGGCAAGAAGAAGUCCGCUGCUGCCAAGAAGGCCGCGCCUGCUUCCGCCAUUGAUGCCGAGCUGGCCAAGUGGACCUAUCUUCCCGAGGGUCUCCUCGACAAGUCUGAGAUCCCGUCGUACCUGACUGGCGAGGUUCCCGGCGACUAUGGCUACGAUCCCCUGGGCCUGAGCAAGAAGCCCGCUGACUUCGAGAAGUACCGCGCCAACGAGGUGAUCCACGGUCGCUGGGCCAUGCUCGGCGCUGCCGGCUUCAUCCUGCCCGAGGCGUUCAACAAGUACGUGCCCGGCGUGUGCGGUCCCGAGGCCGUGUGGUUCAAGACCGGUGCUCUCCUGCUCGAGGGUGACAGCAUCCAGUACCUGGGUGCCACCAUCCCCGUCAACCUGGCUAUCGCCACCCUCGCCGAGGUCGUCCUCGUCGGCGGUGCUGAGUUCUACCGCGGCAAGAACGCAUCUCCUCUCGGCACCGACCUCGACACCCUGUACCCCGGCGGUUCCUUCGACCCCCUUGGCCUCGCCUCGGACCCCGACACCCUGGCCAUCCUCAAGGUGAAGGAGCUGAAGAACGGCCGGCUCGCUAUGUUCUCGAUGCUCGGAUUCUUCAUCCAGGCCAAGGUCACCGGCGAGGGCCCAGUGGAGAACCUGACCACCCACUUGAGCGACCCCUUCGGCAACAACCUUCUGACCUCGCUCGGCUCUGCCGCGGACCGUGUGCCCACCUUUCCCAUGCGGUCCUCCCCGUGCGGUGCAAGCGGAGCAGGUUCCGCUGCGGGUGCAGAUCCGGGGGAAUGGGGGAGCGUAGACGCGCGGGGAGAUAAGGGGGAGCUGGGGGUAGCGAGAGAAAGGGGAGGCGCGGAAGCCGUGAUGGGGGAGGGGAGCGGGGAGGGGUACGGGGAGGUGGCACAAGCCCGCGCAGGGAGAGAUGCGGACGGGGGAAGGGGGAACAUGGCGGGGGAAGGGGGGGAACGCGCAGCGGAAGCGCAAUCCGAAGCGGAGAGAGGGGGGGGCGCUGGAAGCAGGGUGGAGACGGGAGGUCGAGCGGAAGGAGAGACAGGGCCGGUGCGGGAGGGGGAGGGGGAGAGGAACGGGGAAGGAGGGGGAGCGGGAGCGGGAGCGGGAGCGCGAGCGGAGGCGGAGGCGGAGGCGGGGGCGGGAGCAGAAGAGGAUCUGUCGACGAUAGACCCGUGCCACAUCAUCAGGCUGAUCCGCACACUGCUGGAGGAGGCGGGGGGGGGAGAUGCGGAGGGAAGGGGAGGGGGAGACGGGGCAGAGGCGGUUAGCGAGGGAGGGAGGGGUGGGAGGGGAACAGGCGGGGGAGGCGGAGUGCGGGGAGAAGCGGAAGAAGCAGGGGGGGUUGGAAUGGACGAGGGGGGGGAGGAAGGGGCAGGGGAGGCGAGAGCGCGCGCUGGAGGGGAGAGAGAGGGAGAGAGGGGGAUUGCAGGUGGGGAGGUGAGAGAAAACGGGUUGAGAGGUGAAGGUAGAGGCGGUGGUGAUGCUGAUGAUGAUGAUGAUGAUGGGAAGGGGAAGGAGGGCGCAUGGGAGGGGGAGGGAGGAGGCGCGAGGGAGGGCGGCGAGGGGAGGAGGGAGGAGGCAGGGUGUGUGCUGUGGGACCUGGCGGCCAGUGAAGAACAUGCCGAGCUCAUGGUGGGUGCUAUGGUGGGUGUUGCGGUGGGUGUUGCGGUGGGUGUUGCGGUGGUUAAUAUGGUACGCAGCCAUGUACUGGACGUGGUGCUCUCUGUGCUCGCCUCUCUCUCCUCAUCACCACGACUCAAGGAGAUCUGCAUGGGGCUGCUUGCCAACCUGGCAUGCCACGUGGCGCCAGCACACAGCAUGACUGCCAUGGGCAUGGGCGGCGGCGACAGUGCGGCGCCCAGCAGCAUGAUGCAUGCGGUGGUGGGCGUGCUAAUGGGGGAGGACGACCCCCCCUGCCUCACUGAGACCUGCCGGCUGUUAGGCACGGUGCUACGCGGUGCGGAGUCAGAGGCAUGGGCGGCGUUCCUGUCAGGCUCUGCUGCUGACUGCCUGCCCCGCGUGCUCUGGAUCGCCGCCAACACCCUGCACCCGGAACUGCUGCGCAAGUGCACAGACCUGCUGCUGGCAAUGGUGGACUCCUCGCACCCCGCAUCACGCGUGCUGCUCCCUGCGCUGCUCGCCCUGCCGCUGCUCUCCACCCUCACUGACCUCAUUGCGUCUGAGAUGGACCGACUCGCAGACGGCUCUCGGGACGAUGAUGACAUCCUGGAUGCGCUCCUGCAAGUGCCUGAGGCCAUCUCUCUUGCGCCCGACCCUCCGUCUGCUCUCCUCGCCGCCCAUCCCCGCAUGCUCCCCCUCGCUGUCUCUGUCGUCGCCUCUGCUCCAUCCCAUGCUGUGGCGGCGGCAGCAGUGACAGCAGCAGUGCUAGCAGCCAACAUCAUAGCAGACGACCCCUCCCUCAUCCCGCACCUCAUUGCAGGCCGCUUUCUCUGUCAUCGCACGGCUUUUUCCUGUGUCAUGCCUGUCUCCGUGGCCGCCCAUCCGCCUCCAUGUCCGCUUCUCCAUUCAUCCACCUCCAUUCACCUCCAUUCAUCCACCUCCAUUCACCUCCAUUCAUCCACCUCCAUUCACCUCCAUUCAUCCACCUCCAUUCACCUCCAUUCAUCCACCUCCAUUCACCUCCAUUCAUCCACCUCCAUUCACCUCCAUUCAUCCACCUCCAUUCACCUCCAUUCAUCCACCUCCAUUCACCUCCAUUCAUCCACCUCCAUUCACCUCCAUUCAUCCACCUCCAUUCACCUCCAUUCAUCCACCUCCAUUCACCUCCAUUCAUCCACCUCCAUUCACCUCCAUUCAUCCACCUCCAUUCACCUCCAUUCAUCCACCUCCAUUCACCUCCAUUCAUCCACCUCCAUUCACCUCCAUUCAUCCACCUCCAUUCACCUCCAUUCAUCCACCUCCAUUCACCUCCAUUCAUCCACCUCAUUCAUCCACCUCCAUUCAUCCACCUCCAUUCAUCCACCUCCAUUCAUCCACCUCCAUUCAUCCACCUCCAUUCAGACCAGAUCAGAUGCAAUCGGAAGUCUGAUCAUCGUUGUACCUGAUGGGGGAUGGGUCAUCUUCUCGUUUCCUCGUUUUCUCUCCUUCACGCUCCCUCCUUUCCCACCCUCUUUCCCCUCCUCCCCCACUCCCUCCACGCCCACCGCACCCACCCACCCACCCGCACACCCCUCUCCACCACCUCGCACCUCCCCAACCGCUCCACACCUCGCAGCACCGCAGUUUGUGCCGCGCCUGCUGGCCCUGCUCCCGUUGGUCUCGGACGACGAGGGUGCGCGCACUGCUGUGUGGUCGCUACUGCACGCUCUCUGCUCCCACGCCCUCGCACGUGGGGGAGGGGUGCGUGUCGUGCGCGGGGCAGGGGAGCCUAGUUUUGAGGCGCCUCAAAACGAUGCUCUCUGCACCCACGCCCUCGCACGUGGGGGAGGGGUGCGUGUCGUGCGCGGGGCAGGGAAGCCGAGGGAUGGGCUUGUAGGGGAGGAAGAGGAGGAGAGAGGGUUGGGGGAUUGUCCUGAGGGGGGCCGACAGGAGCGGAUGCAGGAGGAUGGAGGGGAAGGUGAGGGGGAGGUGGGAGGAGCGGAGGGACAGCAGCAGCAGCAGCAGGAGGCACGUAGUGCAGGAGUGGCUGAAAAUUCUGAGCAAAUGGAGGGAGGAGCAACAACGGCAGCACACCCAGAGGCAUCAACUGCAUCAGCAUCAGCAUCAGCAUCAGCAUCAGCAUCAGGAUCAGUAUCAUCAUCCGCAGCAGCAGCAGCAGCAGCAGCAGCGGUGGUGGUGAGCGCAGUGGUAUCAGAGUACGAGAGGAUUGUGGAUGACCUGCAGCAGCAUGAGGAGCAUGAGGCGGCUUGUGUGCACGUGGGCGACGGGAGUGGAGGUGCCAGGAGUGAGAGCGGUGGCGAGGAGGAGAAGGGUGGGCAUGUGGGUGGAAGGGAGGGGAGAGCAGGGGAUGCGGAUGUGGAUAUGGGGGAGGUGGAGAUGGGGGAAGGGGAGUGGAGGGAUGGCGGAGCGAAUGGGGCUUGUGGGGGUGGCGCAGUGGCAGCUCACACACAAGGCCACAAGGCAACAGUAUGUGUCUGUGUGCUCCCGCUCUCUUCCUUGCACCUUUCUUUCUCCCUCUUCUUGUCCCUUCCGCUCCAGUCUCUACUCCCCUCUUCCCCUCUUUCUUCAAACCUGCCUUUCAUUUUCCCCAGUCGGUAA